ACUCUUGUCAGGGCAGCGGCACAUGGACUGCCUGAUGCGCUGAGCCCGGCGCUGCGGGGCCGCGGAGCGCGGGGAGCAGCGGCCGCGGCGGGGAGGGGGGUGGGGCGGGACGGCACAGCCUCCGGUGCUCGCGCGAGGGGCCGGGGCCCGCGCUUUGCCUUCUGCUCAUCUGCAGCCGUCUACGUUUUCAAAAUUUCUCUCUUUCCUUUUUCCCCCCACCUCCUUGCAAUUUUGAACAUUUUGCAAGACUGAGUGUUGGAGGCAGGUGAGAAAGCAUCCUGCACUGGGUCGGAGGAGUCCGCGGCGCUAGAUGCGCCUUCCCUGGACUGUCGGCACUGAGAACACGAAAGUUUUUUUGUUUUUGUUUUUGUUUUUUUUUGAUAUUUGUAUGCUGAUGUAUUUACAAAGACAGAAGUGAUUUUUUUUUUUCUUCCUUGUCUGCACUGUUUUGAAAGCGAGUACUUUUGGUUGGCAAAGGACGGAGGAAACAAAGCUCAUCAACAUUUCGGGGCGGCGAUUGGCCUUCUUUUUAAAAAGACAAUUGAGUGCAUCACGAUGGAGAAAAUGUCCCGACAGCUCCCCUUGAACCCCACCUUUAUCCCGCCUCCCUACGGCGUGCUCAGGUCCCUGCUGGAGAACCCGCUGAAGCUCCCCCUUCAUCCUGAAGACGCAUUUAGUAAAGAAAAAGACAAAGGAAAGAAGCUGGACGAUGAGAGCAGCAGCCCGACCGUCCCCCAGUCCGCCUUCUUGGGACCCACCUUAUGGGACAAAACCCUUCCCUAUGACGGAGAUACUUUCCAGCUGGAAUACAUGGACUUGGAGGAAUUCCUGUCAGAGAAUGGCAUCCCCCCGAGUCCGUCGCAGCACGACCACAGCCCUCACCCCCCUGGCUUGCAACCAGCUUCCUCCACGGCGCCCUCGGUCAUGGAUCUCAGCAGCCGGGCCACAGCGCCCCUCCACCCGGGCAUCCCGUCUCCGAACUGUAUGCAGAGCCCCAUCAGACCAGGCCAGCUGUUGCCAGCAAACCGCAAUACACCGAGUCCCAUUGACCCUGACACCAUCCAGGUACCAGUCGGGUAUGAACCAGACCCGGCAGACCUUGCCCUCUCCAGCAUCCCGGGGCAGGAAAUGUUUGACCCUCGCAAACGGAAGUUCUCUGAGGAAGAACUGAAGCCACAGCCCAUGAUUAAGAAAGCUCGCAAAGUCUUCAUUCCCGAUGAUUUGAAGCAGGAUGACAAGUACUGGGCGAGGCGCAGAAAGAACAACAUGGCGGCCAAGCGCUCCCGUGAUGCCCGGCGGCUGAAGGAGAACCAGAUCGCAAUCCGGGCCUCAUUCCUGGAGAAGGAGAACUCGGCCCUCCGCCAGGAGGUGGCUGAUUUAAGGAAGGAGCUGGGCAAAUGCAAGAACAUACUUGCCAAGUACGAGGCCAGGCACGGGCCCCUGUAAGAUGGCAUUUUUGUGGGCUGGCUUUUGAAUAGAUGGACAGCUUGUUUCCUGUCUGGUAGCCCCACACCCAAACCAACCUUUCUGACAUCAGCACUUUACCAGAGGCAUAAACGCAACUGACUCAUAUUUUGGUGUGCAUCUAUGCGUAUGUAUGUAUGUUUGUGUGUGUGUAUAUGUGCUUAUGGUCCCAUGUGUGGUCAGCGGUGUGCAUGUGUGAGCGUGUAUAUGUGUGUAUUCCUUCACACUUGUCGUUUAAAGAUAGUCCUCUUGUUGUCUUUUAGUUCCAAACAAGAAAGGUGCCAUGUUUUUUAUUCCACCCUGGAGACUCCCAUGGGGUUUCCUCCCCUUCCUUCUCCCUUCCUGCCCCUUUCUGCCUUGCUCUGUGUUCUAGCGAUCUCACUUGGCCAGGGUCUGUGUUGCUUCAGGAAGCAGGGCCCUGGAUCUCAGUGAUCAAGACCAUAAGCUCUUGUUUCUGUUUCAGCCAUGAAUUACCAUGCUGGAAAGGUGCAUAGCAUACCCUAGCACUGCGCGCAGCUGAAUUCCUUCAUAGGUUGCCCCACUUCCCUUCCCUUUUUCCUCCCCACCCUUUCUCGUUUUUUCCUUUCAGUUUUGGUGACACUUGUCUUCAAAUUUAAAGUGCUGUUUAGAUUUAGUAGAGUCCCAUAUUUACUUACUGCUACCUACUAAGUUUCCUUUUAAUUCCACCAACCCCAGAUAAGUAAGUACCAUUCCUUAUAGAACACAGAGUGUGUUUUGCACUGUCUGUACCUAAAGCAAUAAUCCUAGUGUACGCUAGAGCAUGCUGCCUGAGUAUUAACUAGUGGACGUAGGAAAAAAAAUUCCCUACCUAGGAAUUUCACUGUCUUUUAAAAAAAAAACUCAAAAAUCAAGUAAUGCAUUUGUGCAUGACCAGAAUAUUCUCAGGACAGGGAAGCAGAGGGCAAGGGAAGGCCUAAGAAUGAGGGGUUAAUUUAUCAGUAUGUAUGCCAAAAACAUAAUAAUAAUGCAUCUUGGAGAAGCCUUUGCCACGGUGUGCUUCGUCGUGCGUCUCCCCUUCCCACACCCAGCCCAUUCCCACUUUUCUAGCCCAUUCACUUUCUCCAUUUCCCUCUUGAUAUUCAAAACGAUUGACUUAAGAUUCAGUUUACCCACUUUGUUUUAUAAUAUAUAUAUUUGGGGGGGGGACGAUAUUUUGCUGUUUUUAGAAAUCAGUUAAUUAAGUGAAAAAGUUGAUGUUUUGAAAAGCCCUCCCUUGACCCCCACCCCCACCCCCCGUGGUGUCCUUUUGAAUGCCUCACAAAUGAAUGAUUCCGGAGCCCGUGUUUCUCAUCCUCUGUUUGCUUUUGAACAUAUGUGCGCCUAUCAAGUGGACUUCUGAAAAAAAAAAUGAAUGUAAAAGACACUGGUGUAUCUCAGAAUGGGAUGGUGUUGUCACAAACUGUGGUUUCUCCGAUCAAUUUAAAUGUUUACUAUAGACCAAAAGGAGAGAUUAUUAAAUCGUUUAAUGUUUAUACAGAGUAAUUAUAGGAAGUUCUUUUUUUGUACAGUAUUUUUCAGAUAUAAAUACUGACAAUGUAUUUUGGAAGACAUAUAUUAUAUAUAGAAAAGAGAAAAAAAGGAAAACUAUUCCGUGUUUUAAAAUUAUAUAGCAAAGAUAUAUAUUCACCAAUGCUGUUCAGAGGAGUGCUUGGGGGCUUUUGAAAUCUUUAAUAUUUUAAACCUAUUACUGACACAUCAGCAUGUUUUCUGCUUAAAAUUAAAAUUUUAUGACAAUACUGAGGCUUGCUGUGACGACUCCUGCUCCAACGCUUUCUUGUUUCUUAUUAGGUCUCAGAAGGAAGUCAGUUAACGUCACCCAAAAGCACAAAACGGGUUUUAGUCAAAUAUUUAUUGGAUGAUCCAGUGUUUUUUAGGAAAAGCAUCUGCCACAUAAAUGUUCACUUCAGGAUUCUGAGUCGUUGGAAUGGAGUAUGGCUGCCAGAGCCCCAGAUGAUUUUGUUCGCUUUCGGCCUGUGUAUCUAUCUCACGCAGUGUAAGGUUGACCUCGGUGCUAUGUGUACGGCUUAGAGUUUGAUAGCUGUUUUGACUUUAAAGAUGGCUGUUAUUUUGUUUCACUGAGUUGUAUAAUGUCAAGAGAGUCUGCUGUUUCUUCAAAAGCACAUUUUUGUGCUCGAUUAAAAUCCCCUUCCAUCCAUGGAUGUUUUCCGGUCUCCUGCCUCCACAGUAUCUGACUUCUCUGCGGAUCCAGUGAUGCCCUCCCCCCUCCCUCAGCCACUCCGCUGUCCAGUGUCACAGAUCUGGAAAACGAGACCUGUAGGUUUCUUCCCAGGUUCCUGUUGUAUUCCACGGUGAGAGAUGAGAGAGUGAGAGAAAUAAAAUACAUUUUGCAAGCAAAUUACUGAUUAAAAAAAAUGUUUCAACCAUGUUGUAUAGAACUGAAUAAGAGAUAAUUCAGUAAUAGCCAUGGGACACCAAAAAGUUGGUCCUUUUGAAGAUAGAGAAAGAGAGGGAUUGCAGAACUGUUCAAUGACAGUGCUUGCCAGGGCACAGAUGAGUACUUAAGGAGAGAAGUGUUCAAGGGUUGCACUGUGGCCCACCCAGACACAUGGAACCAUCCAGUACUCGAUGAAGAAAAGCAUGCCUGGCCUUUCUUGGAAUUGUUUUUACCAAAUAAACAUCACAAAUGUUUUCUGCAGAAGAUAUAAAAAGAUCAUAAUAAAACUUAUUCUUUUGUAUACCAGGAAAGGUUUGUAGAAAACCUACCUCAUUCAAAACAAAACAAAACAAAAAACUCAAGAGUUUGGAAUCUCCACAGGUGCCUUAUCUGUAGGUAAUUAUCAGUCCCCCACCCCCAGGCUGACUUCUCUUUGCCCCUGGAUAUUAACUAGAUGAGAAAAUGCCAUUCAAUGCCCUGAGAAGCUAGAACCUAGGGUCAGAUAACUGCAGCAGACCAUAGCCAUUAGGAAGUCCCAUUGUCAACUGUCACCAUUUCAAGGUAGGCAUCUUUCCAUGGUUAAUUAUUUGGUCAUUCCAAAUGCAUCUGAAAUGUUGCAUGCCCUGCCAUUCAGAUGCAAAGCACUUCCUGGUCAGGUCAUAUCUUUUCAUUAGUCACAUGGAUUCUCGAAGAAAGUUUUAAAAAAAAAAGGAAUCAGGGUUUCUCUCUGCUGAUGCUCCCCUGAGGGGAUGGGGGGGCUUUGGAUGACAGUCCCCAACUAUAGAGGGACUGGUGCUUUGGGUCAUUCACAAACCACAUCAGGCAUGACUUGGCCAGGCCUUUGUCUCUAAAUAGAACAGGCCUUGAAGGGACCAUCCUUUGUAGAAGAAGAAGAAUGGGCCUAUGUUUGAGAAUAGCAUGAUGGGACUCAGUCACUGGGUGAGGGGGAAACCAGAUAAAAGAACCCAGAGGCUCUUUCUAACCCAUUAUCUUACCGUGGGAAUUUACACUGAGUCUAAACAUACCUUCGAAAGGGCUACAGCCUCAGGUCUGGAUGACCUGCCGUGAGUUGUAAGUGGCAAUGUCUCUCCUGUCCAGGGAUGAAACAACUGAUGAUGUGUAAAAUACAAGGAAUACUUUGCUCUUUCUAAAAGUUUGUUCAGUUUGGCCCUUAGCAUUCCUUUAGAAAAAACUCAAAACUUCCUCAGAGUUAAUUAGUGAGAUCCUCAGGCAUCGAUGCCUGUGGAUCUCAGACAGCUCUGUGUGUGGCUUGUCCCCACCGGCUGGGAUUGGCUUCCUGCAGCUGACUAGGCUGAGGUGUGAUGCCCUCCCUCCCUGGGUACAUACCUUCUUCUCUGGCUCUGAUUGCACUUGCUUCCUACUGAGGGCUCCUGAGUACAACCCUCUGGGGAAGCCAAAUUCAACUCCAGGUGUUCGGUAAAAAUCAGUGUCAAUAAUAAAUGAACAAAACUUGUAGGUCUUGAUGGACUGAAUUUUCAAUAACUACUGUUAAUGCAUUUUUGCCAAAAUCUGUGUUGGGGAAUGUGUGUUUGUGUGUGGAUGUUUAAGUGGAGACAGAAAAUCUGUAAUUUUUUUUUUAGCACCUCACCAGACAUAACAAUUAGGUAUUAUCCUUUCGACAACACCACAAAGAUUGCAUCUGUCAAACAGGCUCAAGUUAACAAGAGGUUAGUGUAAUUGUAUACCAUGAUAUUGCUGGUAUUUAUGCUGUCAAGUCCAAAACUUCAUUUGUUCUUCUAAAUGUUUAAUAAACUAAUUUUUUUCCUUUU